GUAAAGCACAUUCGAGAACUGAUCACUUCCAAAUUAGAAAGGGAUAUAUAAGAGAGAGCCUCUCUUCCUCUUGGCCAGUCUAAGGAAGAGACUCCGCGAUAUGGGUGUCUUAAUAACCUUCAGAUAUGCAAACCCUAGAUACCUUUUCGUUUGCUUGUUCCUUUGCCUGAUGUGUGCUGGUGCACUUGCCCGUGUCCAUCGCUACGAUUUCGUCCUGGUGGAGACGAAUUACACUAGGCUUUGCUACACAAAGAGCAUACUCACUGUGAACGGCCAAUUCCCCGGACCGGUGAUUCAUGUUCACAGAGGAGACACAGUGUUUGUAAAUGUCAUCAACCAAGGUUACUAUGGCGUCACCCUUCAUUGGCAUGGUGUAAAGCAGCCAAGAAAUCCAUGGCACGAUGGCCCAGAGUAUAUCACACAGUGUCCAAUAGCUCCUGGGACAAAUUUCACAUAUGAGGUUCAGUUCACGACAGAGGAAGGAACACUCUGGUGGCACGCCCAUAGUGAUUGGACACGGGUCACUAUCCAUGGGGCGAUUGUUAUAUUGCCUCCGGAGGGAACUCCAUAUCCAUUUCCAGAGCCAGAUGCCGAAGAAGUUAUCGUGCUAUCAUGCUGGUACAAGGGAAACUUGAGGCAACUGUUGGCAGAGGAGCUUGAGACCGGUUCAGACACGCCUCGCUCCGAUGCCUAUACCAUUAAUGGCCAGCCGGGAGACUUUUGUGCCUGCUCCAAUGAUAGCACGUAUCAUGUGACCGUCGAUGAAGGCAAGACCUACCUCAUGCGCAUAGUCAACGCAGUACUAAACGCGGAUCUCUUCCUCUCCAUUGCGGGGCACAACUUCACUGUAGUCGGGAUGGAUGCGUCUUACGUCAAACCUUUCGAGACGAGCUACAUCAUAUUAAGUCCAGGACAGACGAUGGAUGUUCUGGUCAUGGCGAACCAAUCCCCUAGCUAUUAUUAUAUCGCGGGACGACAAUACUCGAGCGAUAGGUUGAACGUCGUCAAUUAUGACCACAGCAACGUCUCUGCGAUUCUCAAGUACAAUGGGAACUACACUCUCCCUAGUUCUCCUAUGUUCCCAAGCUCCACGCUGCCCACGUAUAAGGACAAUGUGGCAGCUCUGAGGUUUAUGGACCGAAUCAAAAGCUUAGCAAACGAAGAACAUCCGGUGAACGUGCCACUGAAUGUGCGCACAAGGAUGUAUGUGACAGUGUCGAUGGGAGUGUUUAUUUGCCCUAAUAGUUCAUGCGGUGGGAUCUACGGAGAUAGAAUGGCUUCCAGCAUGAACAAUUUCACUUGGAUCAACCCUUCAACCGACAUAUUGCAAGCAUAUUAUCGGAACGUCAGUGGAGUUUACGACACAAGCUUCCCAGAUUUUCCAUCGAUGUACUACAAUUUUACAGGGGAUGAUCUGCCAACUAACAUCUCAGUACCCACGAAAGGGAGGAUGGUGAAGGUGCUGAAUUACAACGAGUCAAUAGAGAUAGUCUUUCAGGGGACCAAUCUUUUAGAUGCAGCCGAGGCUCAUCCGAUGCACCUCCACGGAUAUGGGUUUUAUGUGGUUGGUUCGGGUCUGGGAGACUUUGAUGAAGUUAAUGACCCGAAAGGGUACAAUCUGAUCGAUCCUCCCUACGUGAAUACCAUAUCCGUUCCCAAAAGCGGAUGGGCUGCAAUCAGAUUCAGAGCCAAUAAUCCAGGGGUGUGGUUUCUACACUGCCAUUAUGACAGACACUUAACGUGGGGAAUGGACACCGUACUCAUAGUCAAGAAUGGAGGAUCAGCCUCGACGAGUGUUCGGCCUCCCCCGCCUUAUAUGCCUCCUUGUGACAAUGCGACGAGUCCCCUCGGCCAUUGGUUAAAUUUUGUACAUGAUGAAGAUGCAAAUUACGCAUACAGAGUCAUUUAAUAAUUUAUAUAGGACAAGAAUUUUUUCACAAUAUUUAAGCCAGCAGAGAGAGUCAAUAACGUAAAUGUACGUGUCCGCUCAUCUCAAUACCAGUCCUUGGACAAUUUUCUUGUUCUAUUUUUCCUUUAUAAAUGUACUAUCUCUUAUGCUAAUGUAUUAAUUAAUAACGACAA